AUGCUGACAAGACCAAUGCUAAGAGGCAGAAUUGGAAAAUGGACCUUGGCCUUGACAGAAUUUGCCUUCAGAUAUGUCCCUCAGAAAGCCGUCAAAGGACAAGCUGUGGCAGACUUCCUAGCAGAUCAUCCCGGAGAGGAGAUUGAAAAUAUGGACUCUUUAGACAUAGCAAAUGCAGAUCUAUUAACCAGAGCUCACACCUGCCUCAACAAUCCUAUCUACUCAGUUCAUCUUACACCUUGGAAGUUAUACUUUGAUGGAUCAAAAACUGAUAUAACUUCCGGGGCAGGAAUUGUUUUGGAAGAACCACUUGGAAUCAGACACUGCUACUCUUUCCAAUUAGAUUUCCAAUGCACCAACAAUAGGGCAGAAUAUGAGGCCUUAAUCAUUGGCUUGGAAAUGCUGGUAGAAUUAGGAAUCCAGUCUGUGGAAAUUCUGGGAGAUUCCAUGCUGGUUCUAAAACAAAUUGACGGGGAAUACAAGUGCCUAAGCCCUUCUUUGGCUGUCUACUUGGUGGCAGCUAGGAAUCUUCUGACAGAAUUCAGAGAGGCCACUUGGGAACAUAUCCCAAGGGAAGAAAAUUUUGCAGCCAAUGAAUUGGCCCAGGUGGCAACAGGCAUACAAAUACCCGAAGACUGUGUACAAAGAAUCAUCAAGAUAGGAAAGAAAAGCCUACCAUCGGUUCUGGCCAGGGGGAUGGAGAUAGAUGUCAACUCUGCCACAAUCACUGAAGAUGAUUGGAGGAAUCCUAUCAUGACCUAUCUACGAUAUCCAACUUUGCCCUCUGAGAAGAAAGUCAGAAUCAUGGCUUUGAACUACCUUAUGUGGAAUGAAGAUUUGGUCCGAAAGAGUAAGGAUGAGGUGCUUUUAAGGUGCCUCGGGAAGAAAGAAUACAUGAAAGUUAUGGGGGAAACCCAUGAAGGAAUCUGUGGAGCACAUCAAGGUGGAAGAAAAAUGUGCUGGUUAAUUAGGAGAUAUGGCUACUUCUGGCCAACCAUGAUGAAAGAUUGCAUUAACUAUUCCAAGGGGUGCGAAUCUUGUCAAAGGCACGGUCCAGUCCAGCAGGCUCCAUCAGUUCCCAUGAAUCCAGUGGUAAAACCAUGGCCCUUUAGAGGAUGGGCAAUGGAUCUCAUUGGUAAGAUCUAUCCAGCCAGCAGCCAGCAGCACUGCUUUAUCAUUGUUGCCACAGACUACUUCACCAAGUGGGUGGAGGCCAAGGCUGUUAAAUCCACUACAUCUCAAGAGAUCAUCAUUUUCAUAGAAGAACAGAUCAUCCAAAGAUUUGGCAUCCCAGAAUCAAUCACAACUGAUAGAGGGUCAUCUUUCAUAUCUAGAGAAAUGCUGGACAUGGCAGAGGCAUUCAAAUUCAGACUGCUCCAAUCCACUCCCUAUUACGCCCAAGCCAAUGGACAGGCGGAGUCAAGCAACAAAGUAAUCAUCAAUAUUAUCAGGAAAAUGCUUGAAAAGAAUCCGAAACAAUGGCAUGAGAAGCUGUCAGAAACUCUGUGGGCAUAUAGAACUUCAAAGAGAGAAGCGACUGGCAUGACUCCCUAUGCGUUAACCUACGGUCAUGAUGCAAUUCUGCCUAUGGAGAUAGCUGUUCAGUCCCUCAGAAUUGCUCACCAACAUGACUUAGUAGGAGAAGACUACUCCCAGGCCAUGCUGCUGGAACUGGAAGGAUUGGAUGCAGCCAGAAUUGACACUCUCAACAAACUCCUGGCAGGAAAAACAGGCUGUAUCAAGGGCCUACAACAAGAGAGUCAGGAAAAGAGUUUUGAAGAAGGGGAGAUAGUCUGGAAAGCAGUUCUGCCCCUUGGAACACAUGUGGCUGGUUAUGGAAAAUGGUCACCUACAUGGGAAGGCCCUUUCAUAAUCAACCAGAUCCUUGGAAUGGGGGCAUACAGGUUGCAGGAUAGGGAUGGAGAAAUCCAUACGGCCCCGAUCAAUGGCACAUGGUUAAAAAAGUUUUAUCCAACCAUGUGGGAUUCGUAG